UCUAAACCUACAUCGAUCGCCAUCUCUAUCGAUCAUAAGAAAGAGUAGUGGUAGGGCUGAGAGAAACAGUGCAAGAAACAAUGGCUGGAGAUCUUAUGCCUUUCUUGGCCAACGUUCUGCUGCAAGUUGGGUAUGCAGGGAUGAACAUCAUCUCAAUGCUUGCCAUGCAAUCCGGCAUGCACCCACUUGUACUCGUCUCCUACCGGCAAAUUUUCGCCACCAUGGCGAUCGCUCCCCUUGCUUAUUUCAUGGAGUGGAGGAAGAGACCCAAGAUUACAAUACCAAUUUUGUUCCAGAUAUUUUUGUGUUCCUUAACAGGGUACGUACGUAAGGCGACAGGCAACCAACUUUUAUACUUUGAAGGGUUAAAAUACUCGAGCCCAACAAUCGGGUGCGCAUUAACGAAUACACUUCCAGCAUUCACUUUCAUUCUUGCUGUACUUUUCGGGCAAGAAUAUGUGGGAAUCAUGACAAAGCCAGGCCAAGCUAAGGUAAUGGGGACGAUUCUAUGCGUAGGAGGGGCUCUUUUACUGUCAUUCUACCAUGGACACACCAUAAAUAUAGUCGAAUCCAGCAUUCACUGGACUUAUGCAGAGAAUAUGGAAACCAAGAGUUCUGGUUCCAGUACUAGCCAGGGGAACUUCAUCUUGGGACCCUUUUUCCUAAUCUCUAGUUCCCUCUGUUGGGCAAUGUGGUUCAUUCUCCAAGCAAGAAUGAGCGAGAGGUUUCCAGCUCCUUUCACAAACACCACACUGAUGUGUUUCAUGGCCAGCAUUGAGUGUGGGAGCAUUGCAUUAAUCUCCAAACACGACAUUUCUGCAUGGUCAUUGAGCGAUCCAGUCCGGCUUAUUGCUUCUCUUUACACAGGAAUUGUGUGUUCUGCAAUAGCAUUUGCACUCAGUUCAUGGGCUAUACAGAUGAAAGGUCCUCUCUACGUCUCGGUGUUCAGCCCCUUGUUGCUUGUCGUCGUUGCCAUUUCUAGUUGGGCUCUGCUUCGUGAGCAAUUAUAUGUCGGAACAGCUCUAGGGUCUCUUCUCAUUGUGAUGGGGCUGUAUGCUGUUCUAUGGGGGAAGAAUAGGGAGAUGAUCAGACCGAGUGUCAUUGAAGAUCAGACAGCAGCAUCAAGAAAGCUAGGUCAAGAGAUAUUGAUGGAGAAUGAUCAUGAUCAUCAUGACUUGGAGCUGCAGUACUCGAAUGGAAAAUCAAAUGGCCAUCAUCAUCAUCAUGAUGUUACAGCGCCUAGAGAUCAAGAGAAACAAGGAGACAAAACGUAAU